GUUCUUGUUCUGUCUACCAUGGGCACUCCUCAUGACACUGGCCAAAAUCGAGGGAAACAGCACCAGCACCAACACCAGUGCGGCCACCGCUUUCAUGGUGACCAAGCCGGGUUGCCAACGCCAAUGUGGUAACCUAACCAUUCCAUACCCAUUCGGCAUCAUUGGUGAGGGAAAGGGUUGCUCCAUUGGCACAUGGUAUGAUGUCAACUGCAACACUUCAUACAACCCUCCAAAGCCCUUCUUCAUGGGCGUACUUGAAAUCCUAGACAUUUCCGAAACCCAAAUUCGCACCAGGACUUAUUUGGCUUCCAAGUGCUACAAUCAAAGUGGUGCAUUGAUCCAAGAAAAACCUUCAUGGACAAACCUUCUAGCAACAUCCCCCUACACCUUCUCGGAGACGGUAAACAAGUUCACGGUCAUCGGCUGCGAUGACACUGCUUUGAUUACAGGGUCAUACGAUCGGAACUUCAGCAGUGGUUGUUUUUCCCUCUGUAACAAAAAGGAGGAUGUGCUUGAUGAUGGGUAUUGUUCUGGCAUUGGUUGUUGCCAAACCUCCAUACCAAAGGGUCUAAAGUUUUACUAUACUACCGUUAAUGACUUGAACAACCAUACAAAUGUCUGGUCAUUUAAUCCUUGCGGCCAUGCUUUCUUGGGUGAGAGCUUCAAAUUCCGCGGUGCCUCCGAUCUCUCUGAUCCAAAUUUCGCACAGAGGAUUAAGGAUACCAUUCCUAUGGUGGUUGAUUGGGUAAUUGGGAAUCAGAGUUGUAGCGAAGCCCAAAAAUGGAACACGUUAGCAUGCCAGAAGAAUAGCUAUUGUGUUGACUCCCACAUUGGCUAUGGAGGAUACCGUUGCAGCUGCAAUAAUGGUUAUGAGGGUAAUCCUUAUCUCAGCCCAGGAUGUCAAGAUAUCAAUGAGUGCGCGGAUCCUGAAAACAAUCCCUGUAAUGGGACUUGCUUGAAUACACCGGGAGGUUUCAACUGUUCAUGCCCACAUGGAUACUAUGGGGAUGGCAAAAAAGAUGGGCGUGGUUGCAUUGAUGUGAAUUCACAAUUCCCAGUCCUUAAGUUUUCUCUAGGUGAUUGCUUGGGCUUCCUGUCAUUAUUCAUUGGUAUAGUAUGGCUAUACCUUAGUAUUAAAAAAAGGAAGCUUAUUAAGCUUAGGGAGAAAUUCUUUCAACAAAAUGGUGGUGUCUUGUUGAAACAACAAAUUUCGUCCAAUGAAGGUGGUGUCGAGUCAUCGAAAAUCUUUACAGCACAGGAGUUAGAAAAAGCCACAAAUAACUACGCUGAGGAUCGCAUUUUAGGCCGAGGUGGUUAUGGUACUGUUUACAAAGGUAUUCUAGUAGAUCAACGCAUGGUUGCAAUCAAGAAGUCACGAAUAAUGGAUAAGAGCCAAAUUGAGCAGUUCGUCAAUGAGGUGGUCAUUCUUACACGGGUUAACCAUAGAAAUGUGGUAAAACUCUUGGGAUGUUGUUUGGAAACCGAAGUCCCUCAAUUGGUUUAUGAAUAUGUCGCUAGUGGUACCCUCUUCCACCAUAUCCACAGCAAAGGUGGAAUAUCAUUAUCUUGGGAUAAUCGUUUAAGGAUAGCUGAGGAAUCUGCAGGUGCACUAGCGUAUCUUCACUCAUCUGCUUCAAUGCCCAUCUUCCAUAGAGAUGUUAAGUCCGCCAACAUACUAUUAGAUGAACAUUACACUACAAAAAUAUCAGACUUUGGUGCGUCGAGGUUGGUUCCAUUGGACCAAACUCAAGUGACUACACUAGUUCAAGGGACAUUGGGAUAUUUAGAUCCUGAGUACUUUCAUACAAGCCAAUUGACAGAGAAGAGUGAUGUUUAUAGCUUUGGGGUGGUUCUUGCGGAACUCUUGACAGGACAAAAACCCCUAAGCAUGGAGAGAACACAAGAAGAAAGAAAUUUAGCUACAUAUUUCAUUAUGUCAAUGAAGCAAAACCGAUUGUUCCAAAUUCUUGAGGCUCGACUAGUAAGAGAAGGGGCAUUGGAGCAGCUUCAAACAAUAGCUGAGCUUGUGAAGAGAUGCCUUAGCAUGCAUGGUGAAGAAAGGCCUACCAUGAAGGAAGUGGCAAUGGAGCUAGAAGGUUUGAGGAAGUUCACCAGACAUCCAUGGGUUCACCAACAAAGCCAUGAAGAGACUGUGGGCUUAAUGAGUGAGGAAUCAGAUCUUUACACAGUGCAAAUGAGCCCAUAUAGUACUAAUCACGGAGAUUCAUCCGGACAAUAUAGUUUGGAUAGCCGUUUAAUUGCUAAUAUACAUAGCCCCCGCUGAUGGAUAUAAUUCACUUGUAACACAGCCAUGAAUUUCUUGUAUUCAAGUUUUUUCUUUUUUCUUUUUUUUUUUGACUGCUUCCAGUUUUCAUUUUUGUUGUUAUUUCUAAAAUGGUGUCUCUGCUAAGACCUUUAUUUAAUAAACUUUCUUUCAAUGAUCGGGUUCAUGCAAUAAGAUCGUUAAUAUUUUGUGAUGAUUAUAAAGAUAAUUCGAUGAUGAAUGUUAUUUUCGAUUCUUUGGUUAAUCUCAUUUUUUUUUUUUUUUUUUUUUUUUUUUUUUUUUUUUUUUUUUUUUUUUUUUGUGUCUGAAAAAUGCAUUUGCUCUGUCUUGCCUUAGUUUUCCUCUGUAAUAAGCAUAUGAUCUCAAGAAAUUGUUUUUCUGAGGAACGCCUUAAGGCCAAGUG